AACAAAUAUUACAAAUACUGGAGAUAAAACAAGGAGCGAAGUUACGAGAAGACGACACCUGGACAAUGCAGAUCACACUUGCCUUCCUUGCAGCCCUAGUGGCGAUUGUCGCCAGCGAGACCUGUCAUAAGCUUAACACUACCAGCUACUCCUGCGCAGUAACGCAAUGCACGGUAGGGGAGCCAGAAUGUGUGGACAUCAUGGGUAUUCACGUGUGCACGUGCAUGCACGUAAACGAACACAAUACCUUAGCCACAUGUACUUUGAAGGCGGAUUGUGACAAGAUUGCCACCUUCACCAGCAGCUGUACAGUCGAGUCCGCUCGCCACUGUGUUGACAGUAAUUGCAGAUGUCAGGUUAACGGCCACGGUAACCACGGCCAUGGUCAUGGAAACGGCCUGGGAAAUAAAUGAACAUUGUUACAUAUGCAAAAUAAAACAAUUUAUUAAAGUGU